CACCCUCCCAUUCCCGCCUUCGUCAAGGGUAAUAUAAGUUAGGUCGCGUCAGUUUUACAGCUCGCAGUCUUAGUGGUAAAGGUGCUCUUGUGGUAUCCUGUGUGCUAGGGAGGAGGAUCUGCAAAGAGUGAAGGUUUGCUCAACUGUGAGAGAAAUUAAGGAAGACUCUCAAGAUUGCUUAUCAGCUCUGAGUUAAGAGGCUAACGAUAGACAGGAUAACUUCUUUCUUUACACAAAUCUUAACUAUAGACAGCAAAACGGGGCUAAAGAAAAAUAACUACCGCAGACCUCUUGAUGGCUCUGAUUUCAUGACAGAAAAUAAUCGUCUGCUCUACUCUGACGUUCAUGUUAACAUGAACAGCAGCAGUGCCUUCGUGAGCGAUAUACAGUAAUCUAGUCUUGUCUAAACCAUCAGAACCCCCAAUAGAAUUUGACUCUCGCCUUACUGUGUUGUUACUUUGUAUUACAUCCAAAAUGGAAAUCAAGGACCCGGUCGGUAUAAUCAACGAAGGAUAUACCAAGAAUCCCGAAGAAGAAAUACCAAAAUGUAAGCAAAAAUAUCCCGAGGAUUGGCCAAAGGAAGACCCUCAGGCGAAGAGUUGUCGUCUUAUGAAACAGGGCAUGAAGAUGUUUCUGGUCAGCUUAGGCAAGUGGAGCAUUGGCUCAAUGUUGACCUUCCCCUCCGUCGUAGCAAAUGACCUCAGACAAAACAACACAACUAUUUUCGGAGCUCCCAUUUCGCUCACGGAUUCUCAGAUGGACAUGCUAGGCAGUUUAUUGAGCAUUUUUACAAUUGUUGGCGCAUUGAUAGCAGCGCCCAUAAUCAACGUGAUAGGAAGACGCCUUUCCAUGAUGAUAUCUGGUGUGUUGGUCACCCUUGGAUGGUUGGGAGUUGUUAUUCUCCCGGGUGCGGCGGGCCUACUUGUUGCCAGGAGCAUCUGUGGUGUGGGGCUCGGCAGUAUUAGUGUCGCCAUCAAUAUAUACAUCGUAGAGAUACCUGAACCUGAGGUCCGUGGUAUAGUAUUUAUAGUCGUCAAUAACGGAAUAUUAGCAGGUCAGUUGCUAACUAUGGCUGUUGGCUACGGUGCCAGGUAUUUCGUGGUAGCAAUUGUUAAUGCAGUCAUUCCUUUCGUGUUUGUUAUAUCUCAAAUAUGGCUGCCGGAAAGUCCAAGUUUUCUCGUCAUCAAAGGCCGAGAGGAGGCUGCUCGGAAAGUGCUGCUGGAACUCAAAGGACCCUCAGCGGAUAUCGAGUCCGAAAUUAUGAGCUACAAGACUUUGAACCAAAUUUCCAAAAGUAAGGAGGGAGACUCUUGGAAAGGACUCUUCAAAGCCGAUGUGCUGAAGGAUAUAAUCGUCGUUUGCAACUUAUUCACGAUCCUGUAUUUAGCAGGAUACUACGUCAUCAGUGCCAAUACUUCCAGGAUCUUCGUAGCUGCUGGAUCGAGAGUGGAUGGCAGUCUGGCUGCUCUGAUAAUUACAGCCGUACAGCUGAUCCCCGGCAUUGCGUCAUCGUUCUUGAUAGAUCGCCUUGGAAGAGUGAAGAGCCUUAUUAUAUCUUAUUCUUGUAUCUGUGUCCCACUGACUGUCAUGUCGGUCUACUCUGCAUUCGCUGACGCCGCCGGGAGCCAAGACUACUGGUGGAUUCCCCUCGUGUGUCUGGUGAUCUCUCAAGCUGCUGGGGUCCUCGGGGCAAAUCCUAUCCCUUUCAUCUUGAGCAACGAGUACUUCCCGACCGCCAUCAGAUCCCAGGCUAGCAGUAUCUGUUAUACGAUAGGAACAGUAGCCGGCUUCCUAACUCUGCAACUCUACACGCCCAUGGCUCAAGGGAUGACGCAAGCCGGCCUGUACGCCUUCUACGCCUCUGUCUCUGCUGCUGGCGUUGCUUUCUCCUACUUCUUCGUGACAGAAACGAGAGGGAAGAAAGUGGGCUGAAGUCUCAAUUUAAGUCUGACUGAAAUUGCAACACUUGUGCCUAUGGUAGUCAACAGCUUUAAAAACUGAAUAUGAGACUUGGCUGGGCCAAGUCGACAUUCCCAACAGUAUGGUUAUCCUGCUGUACAGUACCUGAAUAUGUGUUCAAUAAAGUUGUAGUUUAUGUGAAAAGCCAUUGAGGCUUUGUUGAUUUUCAGGUUUAAUUAUAUUUUCUUUUCAUUGCAAUAGAUGUUUUGCUGUUAUAUUUAUAAGAUUUUGCGAUACUCCACUAGUUGUUUAAAUGUCAGUUUGUUUCCAUUUUUUAUGAUGUAUUAAAACAGUAUGUUUAAA